AUGAGUGACUUUGAAUCUGGGGACGACCUCUUUGAUGGCAUCGAUGCUGAUGAGCUGCUGUCUUCCCAGCAAAUCCCCCCGGCAGUCAAGCGAAAACGAGCCUCAGAGAGCAGCCAGGUUGACUUGCCGAAGAGGCAGCGCAGUCUCGGUCAUGAUCAGCCAGACGAUUGGGAGGAUGAAACACUCGAUGACAUCCCCGACCAUAUCUUAAAUGGAACAAAUCUCGCUGACGCAGCAUUGCGGAUGAAUGUUGCCCAGAAACUACUCACCGAGACCUUCGGGUACAAAGCAUUUCGUCAUGAACAAGCAGGGGCAAUCCAAAGGCUCCUCGCCGGCGACAACACUUUGACCGUGUUCCCCACUGGUGCCGGAAAGUCCCUUUGCUACCAGAUACCAGCCAUUGCUUUCGAGCAACUUGACUUGAAGAGCGGCUCAAAAGCACCCGGCGAGCACGGCGUCAGCAUUGUCGUCUCGCCACUUAUUGCGUUGAUGAAGGAUCAAGUCGACGCGUUGAGACGGCGAAACCUGCCGGCUGACUGCAUUGACUCGACCAAAACGUGGGAGCAGCUGCAGGAGAUAUACGCGGGUCUGCGGCAAGGCAAACUUCGUCUCCUCUACUGUGCCCCGGAGCGACUCAAUAACGAAGGCUUUGUUGAGACGAUGCGCCAUGUUCGGGGUGGCGUCCGCCUUCUAGCGGUGGACGAGGCACACUGCGUCUCAGAAUGGGGCCAUUCUUUUCGUCCCGAGUAUCUCAAAGUUGCCCGCUUUGCCAAGGAGAUCAACGCAGAGCGGGUAGUCUGCCUCACGGCCACUGCAACGCCAAAGGUCAUCAAGGAUAUCUGCGACACCUUUGCGAUCCAACCAGAAGGCGUGUUUCGCACUACCCUCUAUCGCCCGAACCUCAACCUCCAUGUCAAGGCGGCAAAAACAAAACAGGACAAGUAUCCUCUCAUAUUUCAGUUUCUCAACGCUCACCCGGGGCCGACGCUUGUCUACGUCACCCUCCAGCAGCAAGCGUUAUCGAUGGCGGCUGACCUGCGCAAGGAGGGCUAUGAUGCGGAAGCGUUCCAUGCUGGCUUGAAUGUAGAGGUGAAGACGAAAAUCCAGGACAGGUUCUUGGCCAACAAAGUGCGAAUUGUCGUCGCCACCAUUGCAUUCGGCAUGGGUAUUGACAAACCAGACAUCCGCAACAUUAUUCACUUUGACCUUUCGUCCACAGUGGAAGAGUACUGUCAGCAGAUUGGGCGCGCUGGGCGUGACGGGAAAACCAGCAACUGCAUGUACUACAUUUGUCCCGAUGACUGGUAUAUUCGCGAAAACUUUGCACGGGGCGACCUCCCAUCACCCCAGUCCCUAAAAGCAUUCUUGACCGACAUCUUUAGGCAAGAAAACGUGUCUAUACCCCUGGGCGGCAAUUUCAAGACAAGUCACUAUGUUCAGUCUCGUGAAUUUGACAUUCGCACAAACACGCUGGCAACGGUAUACGCAGCACUGGAGCUGCAAUUCGGGCUGAUACGCGCCAUCACGCCGGAAUACAGCGAAUACAAGUUUGUACCAACAAAUGUGUAUUUCGGACGCAUGAGCAACGAGAAGGCCCCAGAAAGCCAGGCGAUAUAUGCUGGCGCAGUGAAGAAGCAAAAGUUUCACUAUGUCGACGUCAACAGCAUCGUCUCUAAAACAGGGAUCCGCCGGGCGGACAUUGUCCGCAAGCUGACCGACCUCAACGACAGCGGCGUCAUUGAGCUCAAAGCGGGUGGCCUGGAGCAGAAAUACCGUAUUCUGCAGCGGCUGCCUUCUUCCAGCAAGGAGAUUGAUGAGCUGGUCGACCGCCUGCACGCAGAUCUCUCGCGGCGCGAGGAAGACGCGCUGCGUCGCACGGCGCAGGUCGAGGCGCUCGUCACAGGCGACCAGUGUCUCGCGCUGGCCUUGGCGCAGCACUUUGGCAUGGGCCUGCCCGACGGCAAGGCCAAGUGCGGUCACUGCACGCACUGCCUGACCGGGCGGCGGACCGUCAUGCCGCCCAGGCCGAAGAAGACGACGGACAUGGCGGGUAUCGCCAAGAUCCUCGCCGCGUGCGAUGUGCGCGACGAUCCGAGAUUUCUGGCGCGCAUCGCUUUUGGCAUCAAGAGCCCACGCGUGACUAAGCUCAAGAUGGAUAAGCAAGCGGUGUUUAUGUCAUUAGCUGAUCAUGAUUUCAAGGGCGAAAGCGGCAAAGAAGUGACGAAUUCGGCAUCACUUCCAUCACACAUCUUGUCUAGCUAG